AUGUCUGAUUCGAAUUAUACAUGUGUGGUGAAGGUACCAACUACCUACCCACCAAUCGAGGAAAAAGGACCAGGAACACAAUUGCAUGUUGUUGUUCCACCAUCUCCUCCAGCAAUUUCUGUUACUCAGGAAACAUUAGUAGCAGAGAAGACAUCUUCACUGUACUGCCUUGCUGGGCGAUUUUAUCCUCAGUCUAUCUCCAUUAAAUGGUUGCAAGCAAUCCUAGACAAUUCUCAAUCUUCACCAGCAGAUGCUGAAACAAGAUACAGGACUCAAGAGUUCACCUUCAGCAACAUGGAUGGAACGUUUAACACUACUAGUCAAUUGACGUUUGUUCCCACUUCACAAGACCAUGGAUUAAUCUAUACUUGCCAGGUCAAUCAUUCAACUAAUGAAAAGCAAAUAAUAAAGCAGAUAAGGCUAAAGGUGAAUUAUGGUCCAAAACUUGUCAUAUAUUACAGGACUUCUGACACGGAUAUGUUCCAUCGACUGGACCAAGACCACAUCCAUGUGAAGCAUCAGACAUUUCUUGAACUAAACUGUACAGCAGACAGUAACCCAGUAGCCACAGUGAUAUGGAAAAAGAUAUCCCAGGAACAAAGUUUGCAAUUGGCUGCUGGAGUAAACAUUUCAAUGCUGAAGAUAGCAAGUAUUGAAUAUUCAGACAGUGGAGCAUAUCUUUGUGGAGCACAAAAUGAUUAUGGCUUUCAAGAAUUUCCUGUAAAUAUAUACCUAAAAUCUGAUUUGGGAAGUAAGUGCAAAAGUGAAUGCUCCUCUCUUUAUGAAUACUCGGUUCAGAACAAACUGAGAUACGAGUAA